AUGGGGCUCCCGCGUGGCCGGCUCUUCUGGCCGCUGCUCCUGCUCGCGGCUGUCAGCUCAGGGAUCCUGGUCGCCCUGUACUCCUCGGCGGUGGAGUUGCACCUGGGGCCCCGCACCGGAGCCAGGAACACCACAUCAUCGUCUCAAGCUUUCUUCGGACCCAAGGCAUCGAAUUCUAGGACAAGAAAGAACCUGCUCUGUCAACACCCACUUUCUCUCGCCGUUCAGCGGGACCCUCGCUUCCGGAAUCUGUUUAACCUCUCCACUCCAGUGCUGCUGUCGGGGGACGUCUUCACCCAGCAGCUCUGGGACAGCCUGAGCCAGCACAAAGCCCCCUAUGGCUGGCAGGGACUCUCCCACCAAGCCAUCGCCUCCACCCUCAGCCUCCUGAACAGCUCAGAGAGCGCCAGGCUCUUCGCCGUCCCCAGGGAGCUGCUUCCUGGCUGCAUCCGGUGUGCUGUGGUGGGUAAUGGAGGCAUUCUGAAUGGCUCCCGCCAGGGUCAGAACAUCGAUGCCCAUGACUAUGUGUUCAGACUCAAUGGUGCGGUGAUCAAAGGCUUCGAGAAUGACGUGGGCACCAAGAUCUCCUUCUACGGUUUCACUGUGAACACAAUGAAGAACUCCCUUAUCUCCUACUCGAACGUGGGCUUCACCUCUGUGCCGCAGGGACAGAACCUGCACUAUAUCUUCAUCCCCUCGGACAUCCGUGACUAUGUGAUGCUGAGAUCCACCAUCCUGGGUGUGCCUGUCCCCGAGGGCACCGAUAAAGGAGACAGGCCUCAGACCUACUUUGGACCGGACUCCUCCGUCAGCAAAUUCAAGCUGCUCCAUCCAGACUUCAUCAGCUACCUGACAGAGAGGUUUUUGAAAUCAAAGUUGAUUAACACAAAAUUUGGAGACCUAUAUAUGCCUAGUACUGGGGCCCUCAUGUUGCUGACAGCUCUGCAUACCUGUGACCAGGUUAGCGCCUAUGGAUUCAUCACAAGCAACUACCAGAAAUUUUCUGACCACUAUUUCGAUCGAAUGAAGAAGCCACUGAUAUUCUACGCAAACCACGACCUGUCCCUGGAAGCCACCCUUUGGAGGGACCUGCACAAGGCUGGCAUCCUUUGGUUGUACCAGCGGUGA